AUGCAAAGCUUAGGUAGCACAGAACCUCGAGUACCAAAAAUUACACCGAGGACAAUGCUUUCCGAUUAUAAGCUCACUGAUGAGUCAGAAGUCGAGGAAGCACUUAAUUGGUACCCAGCUUUGGAAUGGCUUGCACAUUCAUUCGACUAUGGCAAGUACAGAGAUGAGUACAUAAGGUACCGGCAUUAUGACGAAUUACGUGAAGUGGAAGGACAACAUACAACUCCCGAAGGUGCAAAUAUAAGGGUUGGAAACAUCUCUCCUCAGGCAUACUCAGUGCAAAUACCAAGUUGGGCCUUAAAUAAUGGAAGUCAACUAGUGUGUAUACCCCGUGGACAAGAUAGCGCUGGUCUACCAUUACCUAAUGGUGUAACGCAUGUAACUACUCAAGUUGCAACCGAGAUUUUGGAGCUGAAUGUUGGGUUGAAUGCCCUACUAUUUUCAACUUCAUUGGAAGCAAGCAUAGAGAUCAGGCGCCUACGGCAAGAGAUUAUAUUGAAGAACACCAAGGGGACAACCAUUGAAAGUGAAGAUAUUGGUCAAGACGUUUUAGAUGAUGAUGCAGUACAUGAGUUUCGCUCAAAAUUUAAACAUGACAUAGUUAGAAAAGGAAAUACCAAAAUUGUGGUACCACAAGAGCAUGAAGAAGAUGAGGAAGAAGAUGAGGAAGAAGAAGAGGAAGGAGAGCAGGAAGAAGAACAUGAAGAAGAAUAUGAAGAAGAACAGGAAGAACAAGAGGAAGAACAAGAGGAAGAUGACGACGAAGCUUGGAUCCAAGAGGAUGAGGUUGGGGAUGAGGAUGAGGAAGAGGAUGAAGAUGAGGAUGAGGAUGAGGACGAGGCCGCAGCUAAGGGUAAUGCGGAUGCAGAACAACACUCCACAAACCAAAAACGCAAAGGUGAUAAAAGUGUUCAUUCAUGUACCCCAAAGAGAAAGAAAACCAAUUAA